GUACGUUUUCAAAAAUUAUUUUGAGAUGUCGUUCGUCAACAGCUUAGUAUUUCUCUUAGUGAUACUUUCUUGUUACACUGAAUUAUGCCUCUGCCAUGAUGUUUUGGUUUUGACGGUGGCAACGGAGAAAAACGAUGCUUUACAGAGAUUCCUGAGGUCGUGUAACUUGAACGGAUUUAAAGUGAAGGUUCUUGGAGAAGGCAGUCAUUGGAAAGGUGGGUAUGUUGCGAAGUCAACUGGUGGUGGGCAGAAAGUCAAUUUGUUGAAAGAAGAACUAACUACAGGUGCUUACGAACCGGAUCAACUUAUUCUAUUUGUUGAUAGUUAUGAUGUUGUUUUCAUGCAAAAUGUGGAUAAAUUACUUGAGGAAUAUGAAAAGUUUAAAUCCAAAGUAAUAUUUUCUGCAGAGGAAUUUUGUUGGCCACAACCAAGCCUACAGAGCUUAUAUCCUGAAGUAAAUUCUGGUGAAAAACGUUAUUUAAACUCUGGAGGGUUUAUUGGACCAGCGGUUAAUUUGAUUAAAAUUAUCAAUCACGCAUCUAUUAAAGAUGAUGAUGAUGAUCAACUAUAUUAUACAAACAUAUUUCUAGAUUCAACGUUAAGAACACUGUAUGAUAUUGAACUUGACAAAACUUCAAGAAUUUUUCAAAAUUUAAAUGGAGCAUUCAGUGAUGUGGAGUUACAUUUUAAUGAUGAAACAGGAUAUCUAUUUAAUAAAAUAUUCUCUACAACUCCAAUUAUAGCUCAUGGUAAUGGACCAAUAAAGGUUGAAUUUAAUUCACUGUCAAAUUACCUUGCAUAUUCUUGGAGUCCUACAAAAAAUUGUCAACACUGUGAUGAAGAUAAUAUUGAAUUUCAGGAUAUAUCAGACUACCCUCUAGUGGUCAUUGGAAUCUUCAUUGAACAGGGAACACCAUUCAUCGAAAGAUUCUUUGAACGAAUAGCAGCUUUAUCCUACCCAAAGUCCAGGCUUCAUGUAGUCGGUCAUAUGGCGGAGAACAGUAAAUUUCAAUCUUCAGUAGCAGAGUCGUUCAACCAAACUUUUGGACAUCAAUACUUUUCAGUCAGCUGGCUUGAGGAAAAUCUAGAUGAAGAAAUUGCAAGAAAGAAAGUAUUCGGAUAUUGUUUAGCAAUUGAAGAUUGUAAAUACGUGUUUGCAGUAGACAGCAUUGCUCAACUGGACAAUCCAGAAACCCUAAGUCAUUUGGUUAAAAUGAACCGUUCGAUAAUCGCACCUUUGUUAACUAUAAGAGGAAAAGCUUGGUCGAACUUCUGGGGAGCGUUAGAUGCUGAUGGGUUUUACGCUAGGUCUAGUGACUAUAUGGAUAUAAUACAUUACAAUAUAACAGGGAUUUGGAAUGUUCCCCUGGUUAGGAGUGCCUACUUAAUAUCGCGAUGGGCAGUACGUAAACUGAUCGAUGUCAGUAACAGCGAAAUGAACUUUGCAUAUGAAGCAAGAAACAAGAAUGUUUUUAUGUUCGUUGAUAACCAAAUGAACUUCGGAUAUCUGAUCGACGCCAAAAACUAUACGAAAGGUAAACUGCACAACGACUUGUGGCAAACGAUGGAAAAUCCUCAGGACUGGGAAGAAAAAUACAUACACCCGCAAUACUUCAACUUUGCGAAACCUGAAGUGACAAUGACAGAUAUUGCUCAGCCAUGCCCAGACGUAUUUUGGUUUCCUUUAGUAUCAGAAACUUUCUGUAAGCAUCUUAUCGAAGAAGUAGAAAACUAUGGACAAUGGUCUACAGGCGACAACUAUGACCCACGAUUGGAAGGAGGAUACGAAAAUGUACCAACAAGAGAUAUUCACAUGCGCCAAAUUGGUUGGGAGGAGCACUGGCUGCAUGUUCUAGAAAAAUACGUCCAUAAGAUGCAAAAGAAACUUUUCCAAGGGUAUGACGAUAAGCCAUGGGCCCGUAUGAAUUUUGUCGUCAGAUACAAACCAGACGAACAACCUUCCUUGAGACCUCAUCACGACGCAUCUUCUUACACAAUUAAUAUUGGACUAAACCAGCCUGGGAAAGACUACAAGGGAGGUGGGAUACGUUACAAUCGAUAUAACUGCUCAAUCGUCAAUACACGUGUUGGGUGGGCAGUAGUUAGUCCAGGAAGAGUGACUCAUCUACACGAAGGACUAGCAACGACAGAAGGGACACGAUACAUUUUUGUUACUUUUGUCAAUCCCUAACUUUGUCGCCUUUGUACGUAUUUGUUUGGAAAAUUACAUUUAAUGGUAAUAAAAGCCUUGCUUUGAUGAUUGCAUGCAUUACAGUAAUAACCCAAAAAGUUGUAACUGUCUUAACUACGCAUAUCUCGAAUAGCUAAAAAAGACAAACUGAUAAACUUACGAUCAAUCGUUUCAUGUUCAAACAUUUUCUUAUUAGUGGACGGAUUUCCGAAUGAAAUUCACAAUACAGUUGCAUACUGUCUUAGUACAAAUUUCGAAUAGUAAUUUUAUUUCUCUUAUUCAAUUCAAGCUGCCGCAAUCCUGAAACUACAAAUUCAAGGUUUCUUGAGAUGCGAAUGAUUUCAGGUAGAAUGCACCUAGACAUUCCCACUAGCUCUUUCAGAAAAUUCAAAGCUCACAUACAUUGCGAUCGACAAUGACUUACAACACCUGUUUUCACGAAAAUUCAAAGCGCCAUGACGCUACGUAAGAGUCGAUUACGUCAAAACAAACGAAGCUGUCGAGCUGAGUAUAGUUUCGUUAAAUAUAUUCAGUUGGAGCGAACCACCUAAAUAUCCGGUGAAAAGAUGACUGAUUUCAGUAACAGCGUUCAGGUCUUGCCGAAUUCUCAGUACUUCGUAAUUUAUUUUCUUUGUCCACAUAAAAUUAUUUCGGAAUUACUUCAUGUCAAUUCUUCAUUUUCAUUACUCCUCUGUAUAAUUUCUUAACAUUAGAGUAUUCUAUUUUCUUAUUUGCCAUUCAUACAACUGUAAAAGAAAGACAAAAUGAAUCAUAAUUCUUG